AGAGGAUGGAAAAUGUACACCUGGCCCCAGAGACAGAUGAAGAUGACCUUUAUUCUGGUUACAAUGACUACAAUCCAACCUAUGAUACCGAGGAAUUGGAGAAUGACACAGCUUUUCAGCAAGCUGUGAGAACUAGUCAUGGCAGAAGACCGCCGUCCAAGACAUCCCUGGUAUCAUCGAUGGGAAGACCGAUGACGGGGGCUAUCCAGGAUGGAGUUACUCGACCCAUGACAGCAGUGAGAGCAGCCGGCUUCACCAAAGCAGCGUUCAGAGGCACGGCGUUUGACCCCCUUGGCCAGGCAAGGGGCCCUGCCCCUCCUCUGGAAGCCAGAAAUGAAGACAGUCCAGAAGAAAAGAUCAGACAAUUAGAGAAGAAGGUAAAUGAGUUGGUAGAAGAAAGCUGUAUUGCCAAUAGUUGUGGAGACUUAAAGUUGGCCUUAGAGAAGGCGAAAGACGCGGGAAGGAAGGAGAGGGUGCUGGUGAGGCAGCGGGAGCAAGUGACGGCUCCAGAAAACAUCAACCUGGACCUAACUUACUCCGUUCUCUUCAACUUGGCCAGUCAAUAUUCAGCUAAUGACAUGUAUGCCGAAGCGCUAAACACCUAUCAAGUUAUAGUGAGAAAUAAGAUGUUUAGCAAUGCAGGAAGAUUGAAAGUGAAUAUGGGAAAUAUUUAUUUAAAGCAAAGAAAUUAUUCCAAAGCCAUUAAAUUCUACCGGAUGGCAUUAGAUCAAAUCCCAAGUGUCCAUAAAGAAAUGAGGAUUAAAAUUAUGCAGAACAUCGGAGUUACGUUUAUUAAGACCGGCCAGUAUUCCGAUGCCAUCAACUCCUUUGAGCACGUCAUGAGCGUGGCGCCGAGCCUGAAGGCCGGCUUCAACCUCAUCCUCAGUUACUUUGCCAUUGGAGAUCGGGAAAAAAUGAAGAAGGCGUUCCAGAAAUUGAUUGCUGUUCCACUAGAAAUCGAUGAGGAUGAUAAGUAUAUUUCGCCAAGCGAUGAUCCACAUACUAAUUUAGUGAUUGAAGCUAUAAAAAAUGAUCAUCUAAGGCAAAUGGAACGUGAAAGGAAAGCCAUGGCAGAGAAGUACAUCAUGACAGCUGCGAAACUCAUCGCCCCCGCCAUCGAAACAUCCUUCGCCGUGGGUUAUGACUGGUGUGUUGAAGUUGUGAAAGCUUCUCAAUAUGUAGAGCUAGCAAAUGACCUGGAAAUAAACAAAGCAAUUACAUACUUGAGACAGAAGGACUUUAACCAAGCUGUCGAGACCUUAAAAAUGUUUGAGAAAAAGGACACUAGAGUGAAAAGCGCAGCUGCGACCAACCUCUCGUUCCUGUAUUACUUGGAAAACGACUUUGCACAGGCCAGCAGCUACGCAGAUCUGGCGGUGAACUCGGACAGGUACAACCCGUCGGCUCUCACGAACAAAGGGAACACGGUGUUUGCGGACGGCGACUACGAGAAGGCGGCGGAGUUCUACAGGGAGGCGCUGAGGAACGACUCCUCGUGCACCGAGGCCCUGUACAACAUUGGCCUCACCUAUAAGAAGCUCAACCGGCUCGACGAGGCUUUGGACUGUUUCCUGAAGCUGCACGCGAUCCUGAGGAACAGUGCACAGGUCCUGCACCAGAUCGCCAGCAUAUAUGAGUUAAUGGAGGAUCCCAACCAGGCUACCGAGUGGCUAAUGCAGCUGAUCAGCGUUGUCCCCACCGACUCCAGAGCUCUGUGCAAGCUGGGCGAGCUGUAUGACGGGGAGGGCGACAAGUCCCAGGCCUUCCAGCACUACUAUGAGUCGUACAGGUAUUUCCCUUCCAACAUCGGAGUCAUCGAGUGGCUUGGAGCCUAUUACAUUGACACCCAGUUUUGUGAGAAAGCCAUUCAGUACUUUGAAAGAGCUUCUCUUAUACAGCCCACGCAAGUGAAGUGGCAGCUGAUGGUGGCUAGCUGUUUUAGGAGAAGUGGUAACUACCAAAAAGCAUUAGAUACUUAUAAAGACAUUCACAGAAAAUUUCCAGAAAAUGCCGAAUGUCUGCGCUUCUUGGUUCGUCUCUGCACUGAUAUUGGAUUGAAGGAAGUUCAAGAAUAUGCAACAAAACUCAAGAGAUUGGAAAAAAUGAAGGAGAUAAGGGAACAGCGCAUAAAGUCCGGCAGAGAUGGCAGCGGAGGUUCCCGCGGCAGGAGAGAUGGGGGUGCUGGCAGCGACAGUGGCCAGAACUACAGUGCCAGUAGUAAAGGUGAACGACUAAGCGCCAAACUCAGAGCUUUACCCGGGACAAACGAGCCUUAUGAAAGUAGCAGUAACAAAGAAAUAGAUGCCUCCUACGUGGAUCCACUUGGCCCUCAAGUAGAAAGACCAAAAACUGCGGCCAAAAAAAGAAUCGAAGAGGAUGAUUUUGCUGAUGAAGAGUUAGGAGAUGAUUUGCUUCCAGAAUAAUAUGCACGUUUUGUUAUUUUAUUGAUAGAAAGAAAUUGCCUUACACGAUGAUACUCAUGUUAAACUUUGGAUUAACUAUACAAACUUUAAUUUUGUACACUGUCGAAGCUUUAAAUAAGUGUAUUCUGUUCUGAGUAUGGGUGUAAGUUUCCUUUUGUUUUUAAUGGAAUAAAAACAUGCGAACCAAU